UCUUUGUUGUGUUUUGUCUCAUUGAGGAAAUAUUUCAUCUCCUGUAGCAACAAUGAGUUCAGUUCAGGCUUUAAGAGAUUUUAUUAACGAGAGACUAACUGCUGCGGCAGUGGAAAUAUUCACCGCGUUUGAACAAACUAUCGUCCAGUACGAAGAGCAGAUCGACCAGCAGCGCAGAUUGUUGGAAAUCAGCUGCAAACCUCAGAUCCAGUUCCACAGAACCGAGUUUCCACAGCACCCUGACUGCAGGCAGGAGCAGCUUUUUCAGCAGGAAACCAGCUGCUGUCUGGAGCAGCUGGAACCAGAACCUCCACAGAUCAAAACGGAACAAGAAGAACCGGGACUUCCAUGGGUUAAAGAGGACCUGGAGGAACCAGAACCUCCACAGAUCAAAAUGGAUCAAGAAGAACCAGGACUGCCACAGGUUAACGAGGACCGGGAGGAACCAGAACCUCCACAGAUGGAGGAGCAGGAGGAGCUUGGUACCAGCGAGGAGGGAGAGCAGCUGUCAUCGUUUGAAAAUGAAACUUUUCGAGUUCCUUCUCACCCGAGUGACCCGGAAGACGCGCUACGCGCCGAGCUCUUCUCUCACGACUCUGCGGACGUGAGAGCCGCGGCGGGCGAGCAGCCGAAUUCCUGUGCAAUGUGUGGAAAAUGUUUCGGUAAGCAGAGCGACUUGUUCCGCCACAUGAGGACACACUCGGGUGAGAAGCCGUAUCCCUGUGAAACGUGUGGGAAACGCUUCAGUCAGCAGAACCACAUGUUGGUCCACAUGAGGACUCACACGGGUGAGAAGCCGUACUCUUGUGAAAUGUGUGGGAGGAGUUUCAACGAGCACAGCGCCGUGCUGCGGCACAUGAAAACUCACACGGGUGAGAAGCCGUACUGCUGUGAGACGUGCGGGAGACGCUUCAGCCGGCAGAGCCACCUGACCACGCACAUGAGGACUCACACGGGUGAGAAGCCGUACUCCUGUGAAACGUGUGGGAAAAGGUUCAGUCAUCGGGCUUCGUUGCAGUACCACGUGAAAACUCACCGGGAGGCGGAGUCAUGAAGGACGAUGGGGCAUCUCAUCCAGGAAGUCCAGCUUCAGCCCAAAAUCACUGAUUAUCGUCACUGAUUUCAAAUCUGCUGAGACUCUUUCAGGAAAAGUUUUGUUUUGCUUUGUCGCAAAAAUGGAGAACGUCAAAGCAGAACUAUGCACAGUUGCCCUCGCGCUCCCCCUACUGGUCUCCUGUGAAAGCUCACUGUCGUAAACGUUCUCUGUGUUCGUCCGUCACCCCCACCCCCCUGCGCCAAUUCUUUGUUUACCCCCACAGGGAUUCUCACAAACAUUUAUUGAGAUAAAAAUGUUACUUAGUUCUGCUUUAAAUUAAAUGUGGUUUCCGUCUGUGCUGAAGUAGACAGAGUAGGCGGAGGCUGAACGACGGUCCCCUCACUGCAGGAUUAAUGUUGGAGAAGCACAUUUCAUAGUUACUGUAUUUCCCACUGCAGCUAGCGGGUCGACCCGUGUUUUCACCCCGCUAACAGUCUGCUUCUACACUCCUUUCCUACUGCCUGCAGACCCGGGUCUAACCUGCUGGCAAGCCGCGUCGCUGCGUUUUCCCGCGCUGAUGGUGUCCCACGUUGAUGACAUCAUCAGCGCGACGGAGCACAAUGAAAGUAAACAGUGCUGCGGAACACAGUCCCCGUUACCUGUAGACGAGUCUCCUCGUCCCCACGGAUCAGGAGAACCUGUCUGGUCUCGCUAUCUUGCCAAUGCUGGGUCAUCUUGGCGAAGGAAAUCUCGCGCUGUGUCCAGAAACAACAACAAGCGCGCUAACGUAGCCGCGCUGCGUCUACGUCAUCACGUAAAUUCCCGGAUGUGCCCUCCCACAGUGGCCGAUAGAAGCUGAGCGGUUUAAAACCCGGGUCGCUUGCAGGGUAGAAAUGCCGAUUAAACCCUUUCCCACUGCAUGAGGAGCCGAUGAGUAGCGGGUUUAAACGGGUUUUUGGCCAGUGAGAAAGGGGCUGAAUGUAA